AGUGAGUAUACAUCUAUUAAAUUCAAACGCAGAGCUCAUUAUGUUGAUUUUUGAAGAGUUCCCUGGAAUAUCUUCUACAUCUCAUUUUUGAAGAGAUCCCGCGAGAUCGGGAACUAUGUGGUUAAAACCAAAAAUUUGCCGGAAGUCACUAUUCCACGCGAACGAAGUCGCGGGCAAAAGCUAGUAUAUCAAUAUAAAUUGAAAUCUGUAGUUAUUUCGACUUCAGAUAGGGAUAUUCACUUAACAUCGAUAUAUCGAAUUUAUUCGAUGUUUUCUUUACGAUAUAUCGUAUUGAUUCGAUGUUUUGUCAAAUAUUUAUUGUAUUCGAUAUAUCGAUAUAUUUAUAGAAACAUCGAAUAUUUGUUUUUUUUAUUUUCUUUUUGUAUAAUCUACUAAAAAACUAAAUAAUUUUAACACAUCUGUGAUGGACCAGCUUAAUUACCUAAUCCAUUCCAUCCUGCUGACAGAUCGAUUGAUUAUUCACUCUAAAUUUAUAUAAUCUGUGGAUUCUAUAGGUUCAUUCUAUUUAUUUUCACUCUCAUUCACUCAUUGGACUCAUUCUUUGUUUUUACGUCGACUUUUGCUGUUUGGCGGUCGGUAACGCAUUAAAUCAUUGUUUUGAUUUUAUAUCUAAGACAAGUUUAUGUAAGACUUUUACUUGCUACUAUAAUUAAUUACUCUAAAAUAAUUGAGUUGAUGCAUCAUCUGAUUGCUAGUUCGAAGUUGAAAAGUUAAUAACAAGAUGGCGCCUCCAAAGAAAAGUCAUGUAUGGAAGUUUUUUACGAAAAUUGAGGGAAAUGAGAAUCUUGUAAAGUGCAAAAUUUGUCAAAAACAAAUUAAAUCUUGUGGCAAUACAUCAAACCUGUUUAGCCACGUAAAAAAUAUCCAUAAGGCUGCGUUUUUAGAUAUGAAUAAAGAAAAUUCGCAAGUGUUGAACAAUGUCAACUUACUAAAUAUCCACAAUGAAACAGUUACAAAAACAAAUGAAGCAGAUUCUGAACCUGUUUUUCCCAGCCCUGAACCACUGCCAUCAACAAGUACAGCUGCGUCAAAAGGUAUCCAUGUCGAUAAUCCUGUACCUCCGCCAUUAAAACGGCAAAAGUCGAUUCAUGAAAGCUUCGAAAAUAUAUCUGCUUAUUCGGAAAGUGGCAAUAAAACUUUGAAAGUCAACAAUGCCCUCAUCUACAUGAUUUGCAAAGAUAAUCAACCUUUCACGAUUGUAGAAAAUGACGGUUUUCGUAAUCUUAUGAAAGUAACUGCACCACAUUACAAGCUUCCAAGUAAGACAACGUUGACUCGCUGGGUUGAUGACAAAUAUGAUGCAUUAUCAGCUGUGUUUAAAAAUAAACUAAAAAGUGUAGAAAAUAUAACACUUACAACCGAUAUGUGGACAGAAACAAUGAGUAUGAGAAGCUUUCUUGGAAUUACCGGUCACUUUGGUAUAUGUACCGAAUUUUUUUCUAUUACUCUUGGAGUAUAUCAGUCAUUUGACCGUAACACUUCGGAUCAUAUUGCUGAGAUGCUUCUGAACUCUUGUUCUGAAUGGAACAUUGACGUUAACCCUUUUUAAGGCAGAGGCGAUAUAUUUACCACCAACAAAAACUUUGUUUAUCUUUUUAUGUUAGUUAUCAAAGGAGUCCUAAUUUGUUGCACUGGCAACUAAGGAGGUCUGGUUUAAUAUUAUAAAAAAAGAAAAAACGUUUGUGUGACAUUUUUUGUUUUUGGCGCCACUAGCUGUCAAAAAUUGCGGUAAUUUGGAAAGAAAAUUUGUUACUCCGUGAAUCUUUAUAUUUUUUAUUUGAAAAGAGGUAAGAAACUGUUUUUUUAUUAUGUAUUUAUGUUUAUUCUACAAGUUGUUUUCUAUAUCUUACAAGUUACUAUCGUAUUUAGAUGUGAGAAGACUUUUUACUGGGUGGGAAAAAUAUUCCCGCUGCCCGCGGAGUGUUAUGUACAGUUGUUGAACUAGUUCCUUCUUUUCUCAGAUUUUUAUGAAAGAUGCCGCGCUAUUUGAAUGAAAAUGAUAUUGAGCAGAUGCUGGACAUACCCGAUGAUGGCUCAGAAGACGGAUUUGAGUCUGAUGAGGCAGAAGAGUUCAAUGUGAAUACAAUACAACGGUUACUUGAAGCACCUGAUGAUUCAAGUGACCUUUUACAAAAUUCUCCCACUCAUUUGAAUACUACCCCUAACAGUUGUUCCGAGUCAGGUACAUCUACAAUAGCACUAUGUUCACAAUUAGAUAACUCGCAGCCAGUAAAGCCUUUGAUAGUACAGUCAUCAUCACCCUUAGAACAAGAAUUGACUGAUGAAUCUGAAUGUGAAGAUGAGUCAUGGGGGAAGGUUUUUUGGACAUCCAGGCCAGAUCCCGAUGAAUUUGAUAAGGUGACAAUAAAACCUCGGUAUUUAUUGAAUAGGAGAGCACGUCCAGUAGCGCAUUUCAAAAAGUUUUUUAGUGAUGAAGCCUUCGAUUUGAUUGUUACUCAGACAAACUUGUAUGCGGAGCAGCAAAAUAUAAAAAAUUGGCAGCCUGUUGACACACAGGAAAUUAGUGCUUUUUUAGGCAUUCUCAUUAUAAUGGGUUAUCAUAUUCUUCCACAUAUCGAUUUAUAUUGGUCAUCGGAUCCCGGAUUUCGUGUGAAUGAAAUAGCUGAAGUUAUGCCAGUAAAACGCUUCAAGAAAAUUUUAGAGGCUUUGCAUUUGAACGAUAAUAAUCAACAACCAAGUAGAGAAGAUGUAAAUUUUGAUAAAUUGUAUAAAAUUCGUCCUCUUAUAUCUUUACUAAGUCAAUCAUUUGAAAACAAUGCCUUCAAUUCCUCUUCCCAAAGUAUAGAUGAGAGCAUGAUACUAUUCAAAGGAAGGUCCAGUUUGAAGCAGUACAUGCCGCUAAAGCCCAUAAAAAGGGGCUAUAAAGUGUGGUGCUGUUGUGAUAGUAGCACAGGGUACUUGUAUAACUAUGAAAUUUAUACCGGUAAAACAGGACAAGGAACAGAAGAGGGUCUAGGGGCUAAUGUCGUAAAGAAAUUGUCAAGUAAAUUAGCACAAGAAAAUUUCAAGUCUCAUGUUACAUUCGAUAACUUUUUUUGCGAUUUUUCUCUCAUGCAGUACUUGUAUGAAAAAAAUAUUUAUGCCACUGGAACAGUAAGAAGGAAUAGAGCAAUUUUACCUAACAUAAUAAAAAAUAACACAAAAAGAAACGGCAGAAACAAAAGCCUAAAGUUGAAAAAAGGUGAAUUCAAGUGGAGAACUAAACAAGAUGUAGCAUUUAUUGUGUGGCAAGAUACUAAAGAGGUUUUAUUGUUGACAACUGCAUUUCAUCCUAAAGUGGAAGUAACAACUGUACAAAGAACGCAAAAAAAUGGCACCAGGGAAGCUGUAAGUUGUCCUAUGGUUGUGAAAGAAUACACCAAAAGAAUGGGCGGUGUCGACCGUUUUGACCAAGUGAAGGGGACGUAUGCUGUCGGAAGGAGAAGUAAACGCUGGUGGUUGCGGAUAUUCUACUUCUUGGUGGACGCAAGUUUGACAAACUCUUUCAUUUUAUAUUCCCUAACGUCGAGAGUAGAAAAGCUUACCAACUUAGAAUUUCGGGUGGCUGUUGCCAGAGGGUUGAUUGGUGGCUAUAGCAGCAGAAAAAGAAGAUCAAGCUUGCCUACAUAUAUCUGCAAGAAAUCACGCAUAGCAUGCCCAGAGGUAUAUCAAAAAACUAUAAAUGCUGUACCUGAAGAACUGCGGUUUGUAAACGUAGGUGACCAUAUGCCAGCAGAGUUGGAGACUUACCGACGCUGUAAAUUGUGUAGCACAAAGGUCAAAGAUAAGCGUAGCAAAAUAAAAUGUAGCAAGUGUAAUGUCCCUCUUUGCAUUACGCCUUGUUUUGCACAAUUUCAUAGAAAAUAAUGUCUCAAAUUGCGCUUGCAUGUGGCUCUGUUGACGGGCAGUGGGAAUAUUUUUACCACCUAUUUUUCCAAAACUUCCGAAAUAAUUAGUGUUUUUCUUUUAAGUUUAUUUUUGUUAUACAAAUAAAAACAUGCCAAAAAUAUAAGCGCAGGUUAUUUUAUUACUCUGAAUCCUUCUGCCUUAUAAAGGGUUAA